CGCUCAAGACUGUCAUUCCCUGAGCCACUUCCUCCUYGUUUAUUGUUUAUUGUUUCUCUUUUUCUUUUUAGCUUGUUUUUCCUUUGCAGGAAUAGACUCUGUUCUCUGUAGUCUGUUCUUCGCCCGUCAGUGACAGACACGCCGUCAUUGGUGUGAGAACUGUCACGCGGAACUGGUGAUUGGUCUUGUAGCUUUCGGUUUGAAGGAGACGAUAGGAUUUUCACCGGGCUGUUUGUCCAACACAUUUUAAAAAUGACCAACAAGCAACAACUGGAUCUUGGUAAUGCGGCAAGAAAUAUGUCUCCUGAUGAACAGGCAAUCGGUCUUAUCACAAGUUUGGUAGCACAACCGGCAGUGAAUUUCGAGUCUUUAGAGAUUACAAGGCAUACAGGAGAAAUCAGCGAGUUGAAAGAACAACUCGAACAAAGAGACGCCGAGAUAAUCGAGCUUCGAAAAAAUGUAAAGCAACUCGAAGAGAACAACAAUAAUCUUCUCAUAAAACUGGAAGUAAAAGACGAGGAAGUGAAGAUUUUGAAGAAACGUAUACAACUACUCGAAGAUUAAAAGAAAAUCCUUAAAGAGGAAUUGGCUGCCGUUCAGUUCAAGUUGAAGAGCAUUGAAGAAGAAAUGAAAAACCUACAACAGUCGAGGCAAGACGACAAAGAAAAGUCCUCAAAGGUGGACGAGGAAAUGAAAAUGAUUCACUACGCUUUAAAAGAGAUCAAAAAAGAUUUAGCGGCGACUAAAUCUGAGAAUGAAGUGCUAAAGAAGCAGAUCCGUCAUCAGUCUCGGUACGUACCCGGUGCCCUUCCACUAAUGCCUGUACCAGCGAGUGAAGACGCGAAUGCUUUGAAAACUCUAGGAGAAAUGUGCCUACAGAUUCAAGCUGGGUUCUACAAGAAAAUCCUUCCCGGCUACUUCACUCCCAUAAGGAGUUACAAAAUUGCAACUCUGAAAAAAGAUAUUGAGAAGCUUUCUAAAACAGUAAACGAAAAGGCUGAAGCUCGUAAACGAUGGGAAGACCUCAAAUCCACUCUACARUUGAGGGAGGAAKAUUUUGAAGAAGCUCUUGAUGCUCUACAGGAAGGAUACAACCGAAGCCACGAUUUAAAACCACCAAACCUAAAUGUAAAAGUGCUAAAAGAAUCGGCUGAGUUAUUGGAAAGGCAAAAWAUCUUGAAGGGAUGGAUCUCUCUGGAGCGAGUCAACGGUCUGAUAGAUAUUUGGAAAAACCUCGUGGACUGUGGUGAAAAAGCCUGAACAMUUAUUGCAAUAUCUGACUGAAACUUUUCUACGUAGUAAGCCUUUUAAA